AUGGAUAGAUGGGCGCAUCUGCGUCAAGCCUUUACUGAGGGUAUUCAUGAUCUGCCCAUGCCUCCAUUUCUCCCUGCUGCUGCUGCUGCUGCUGCUGCUGCUGCGCAGCAGCAGCAACAGCAGCAGCAGCAGCAGCAAUAUAGUAGUCAAGCUGUGCAACAGGGAAGAAGUGCAAAUACACUCACUUUUGGAAAUCCUACACAACAGGGCAAACGCGAUACAACCAGCAGCAGCAACAGCAGCAACAGCAGCAGCAGCAGCAGCAGUAGCAGCAGCAGCAGUAGCAGCAGCAAGGAAGCAGACACACCGGCAGGGCUGCAGGCUGUGGCAAAGAGAUUUGCUGCUGCAGCAGGGAGGAAACAAGGAGCAGCACCAGAGCAGCAGCUGCUGCAGCUGCAGCAGUUGCGGCAGCUAUUCAACCCAACUCCUGAGCCGGCUGCAGACGAGGGCCCGCCUGUUAGUGAUGUUGCAGAGGCAGCAGAGGCGGCAGCAGCAGCAGCAGCUGCUGCUGCUGCUGCUGCUGACCCAGGAAGCGCAGCAGCAGCAGCACUGCGGCUGUAUGAACAGCAAGAGGGAACACUGCCGCGAGAAGACCCAAAUGUAUCGCCGCGGCCUCCGCUUACCGGGCUGCUGCGGGGUGUACAUACACCCCGUAUUAUCUCAGAAGUUGCUGCUGCAGGAGCAGCAAAACGCAACUACUCAAACCCACCGGAACGUCAACGUAACAACAGUGCUCGUGCUGCUGCAGAGACGCCAGCAGCAGCAGCAGCAGCAGCAGGAGGAGCAGCAGCAGGAGGAAAGAUAUCCGAUGGAGGCGCAGCAGCUGCUUCUCCUGCAGUCGGUUUUGGCGGUGGUGGCGGUCGUUCUCUGUCUUUGCCUAGCAGCAGCAGCAGCAGCAUAAGCAGCAGCAGCAGCAUUAUGAACAGCAGCAGCAGCAGCAGCAGCAGCAGCAGCAAGAGCAUAAGCAGCAGCAGCAUGGGAAUGAAUAACAGCCCUACUCUAAGCAACAUAUCCUCAAGUUUCUUACUAUCCUACGGUGUUGCAUCUGGUUCUGCUGCAGCAUCAACCUCUGCUGCUGCUGCUGCAGCUCCUGCUGCUUCUGCAGCAGCAGCAGCAGCAGCAGGAGCUGGUGGUUGUUUCGGAAGGAGCUGCGCGCUGCAGGCCGUGCUGCGGACGCGGCGAUAUGUGACGCGGGACCACUACCCCGAGCUGUAUGCGUUGAGCGAGCGCAAGGGGGCUUUCUUUCUCAAGCGAGUUCUUCCUGCUGCAGCAGCAGCAGCACGCCGCAGCAAUGCAGCAGCAGCAGCAGCAGCAGCAGCAGCAGCAGCAGCUGCUGCUGCUGCUGCUGCAGCGAACGCGGGGAUUCCAGCAAGCAGCAACAACCCACCAAACACACCCUCAAAGGGAAAUCUUGCUGCUCAUGCUGCAACACCAGCUGCUGCUGUUCCUACUACUGCUUCAGCUACAUCUACACGCAGAUCAGCAGCAGCAGCAGCAGCAGCAGCUGCUGCUGCUGCUGCUGCUGCUGCUACCCCGCAUGCAGCUGGAGGCACAGCUGCGGGACAGACACCUGCUGCAGCACAGGGGCCAGCAGCAGCCGGCGGCAGAGGUUCAGCUGCCGACGGCUCACCAGCAGCAGGAGGAGGAGGAGCAGCAGCAGCAGCAGGAGCGUCUGCUGCAGCUGCUAAGGCUGGAGAAACACCAGCAGCAGCAGCAGCAGGAGCAGCAGCAGCAGCAGCAGCAGCAGCAGCAGCAGAUGAUGGCGUGGAGCGGAGUGCACUGGACGAGAUAGAUUUCUAUCAAGACCACUGCUGCUCUGUUUGUUUGCUGCCGAAGGUAACAGCAAGCAGCAGCAACCCCUUCUUCUAUUGCGCGCGCUGCGGGGUCACCGUACACCGCAUGUGUUACGGGGUCCCUCUCGAGUGUCUGCCUGCUGCGCUGCGCCCCGACCUGCAGCAGCAGCAGCAGCAGCAGCAGCAGCAGCAGCAGCAGCAGCAGCAGCAGCAGCAGGAGACAAGUGGAAGCUCCUUGAAGCGGCUCAAACAGACACCAGGCGUGCAAGACAACGCCAGCAGCAACAGCAGCAGCAGCAGCAGCAACAGCAGCAGCACCAGCGCGAGGACAGCUGGCGCAUCAGCUGAUGGGAGAGAUAGCAGCAGCAGCAGCAGCAGCAGCAGCACCCCGGUUACGCCUGCAGCCAUCCCGAGGAUGGCGAAGCGCCUUCAUUCGGAAGUAUCAGCAGCAGCAGCAGACAUCAGCAGCAGCAGCAGCAGCAGCAGCAGCAGCAGGGAGCCGUACACACCAGUGCCCUUCCUGUGCGAGCCUUGCCGCUACGCGCCGAACAGAGAAGAGGUAGGUUGA